AUGGACGCCCCCGGGACCACCGUGCCGCGCCCUUCGCCCGUGCAAUACUGCGGGUGGUGCGCGGGACCCCUCGGGCGAGGGGAGUCGCUGGCCCUGGCCGAGGGCGGGUCCCUCCUGGAGGUCUGCGAGCUGUGCUACAUCAUCGGGCUAAUUCGGCAGGCGGCGUGGCGCGCCCGCCUCAGCGUGGAGGAGAGGGCGGCGCUGCUCGACUCCGCCCGGCUCUUGGGCGCGCUGCUCUCCGCGCUCGCCGGCCUGGGGCUCGAUGGCGCCGACGGCGAAGGAGCCGCGGGGAGAGGCGGAGGCGCCGCCGCCUUCCCGCCUGUUGCCCCGGGCCUGGCGGCGGCCGCGGCGGUCGGCGACGCCGCGGCGGCCGCGCCCGCGGGCGGCGGUGCCGGCGCGCCCGUGGUGCUUGGCCUGGCGGCGCUGCCCGGCCUGCCGGGUUUCGGAGGCGGCGCGGCUGCUGGGGCGCCCCCGGCGGGCGGCGCCGUGCCUGACGGCGGAGGUGCUCCCCCCGGCGGCGCGGGCGCCGCGCUGGUGGGCGCGCUCGCGGGCGGCGGCGGCGGCCCUCCUGGAGGCCCUCCUCCUGGUGCGGUGCCGGGGGCCCCGGCGAUCCCUGGCGUGCCGAUCGCGGUGGCAGGCGGUCCGAUCGCCCCAGCGGGCGGCGCGCAGCUGGGACCACUCGUGGACGGUCCGUGGCGUCAGGCCGUGACUCUGAUUGGCGCCGACUGGCGCCGAGGUGUGAAUCUCGAGCUCCCGACCUUCGACGCAGCUGGAGGCAUCAGCGGGACUGCCCUCCUCGAGGUGGAGGAGAUCGGCACCACGGGCCCCUCUGGGCAGUACCUGAGCGCCCAGUUCAGGGGGGCGUCGCUGGCGGCCGAGGCGAUGCGGCUGGACGGCCUGUUCCCGCCGCGCGGCACCGGGCCUGCGGGCCUCCUGCACCUGCGCGGGCAGGGACCGUGGCUGCGGCUGCGCUCGAACCGCGGGUUCGUGGAGCCGUGGGUGCGGCCGAGCGCCUUCGGUGGGCGCGGCGGCGGCGGCGCCUUGGCGGGGGCCGCCCCAGUCGGGGGCGCGGCCCCCGACCGCCUGGCGGCAGCUGCCGCGGCGCGCGCGCAGGCUGCUGCGGCGACGCCUGGCUGCGCUGGUGGCGGUCGCGGCCGCCGCCGCCCCCGGAGCUCCUCGGCCUCGCGCAGCGACGACGACGGUGAGUCGCGUUUUCGCGAGGCCCCCUCCCGCGGCGGCAGCGCACGGCUGCUGGCGGAGAAGCGCCCAGGUGCCCUGCACGACGAGGCGAUGAAGAACAUCGGGCGCGUCAUGGGCCCGCGGAAGGGGGCGGACGGCUCAGAGGUUCGAGCGAAGGUCGUGGGCUACCUGCAGGCCGCGGUGUUCGGCCAUCACCCUCCGGGGCAGAUGCGGGUCAACACUCAGCGGGAGCUGCAGACGCUGGCGGCCGCGCUGGACCUGCUGGAGAGUGGGUGCCUGGCGGAGUUGAGCGACGUGUUGAUGCAGCGCUUCAGGGCUCUGGAGCUGUCGCUGUCCGACGCGAGCUGGCAGGUGGCGAGCGAGCUGGAGAUCGUGCCGGACACGCGGCCCUCGCUGGCCUCGAUGGGCGAGCAGGACCUGGCGCGGCGGGUGGCGCUGCUGCGCAGGAAGCUGAUGGACGCGAAGAGCCGCGGCGGGCUCGGCGGCAGGGGCCAGGGCGAGACGCCUCGAGGCGACAGCCCGCACCCGAAGGCGGCGGACGGGCCGAGGCGCGUCUCGCUGGCGACGAGCCCGGAGCGCCACGUCUUCAGGCAGGACCAGCCCGCGGCUGCGGCGGCAGCGGGCCUGCAGCAAGCGCCCUCGUCGCGCCCGCCGGCCUGUGGUACGGACGCCGACUGUGACGGUGAUCCGCUGGCAGAGUGGCGCGAGUGGGCUGGCGCGGCGAGUGAUCUUCUGCGAGAACCUUUCGACGUGGGCCCCGUGUUGUUGAACGUAGUCCGCCAGUUCCCAGGCUCCUUCGGUCGCUUCACCAGAUAUUCCCUCGAGGUAAAGCCACGCGAGCAUCCGGCCGACAUGGGAGGUCGGCUUCAGCGAGAUCUGUUGCCGUUACCAUACCUUUCUAUCACCAGGUCCCAGAUCGCCCAGCAGGGCGAGGACCCUUUGAGCGACAAGGAGUGGGAAGGACUACACUGCAGGCUGGUGGUCACUGUCCUGGCGCUAAACUGGGAGUCUGGGUUCCGCUCCCUGAAGCUGGCCAGGCCCUGCCGAGGUCGAGCCAACGCCGCGCAGCAGGCAGCCCUGGUCGCUCUCGGCCGCCGCCUCCUCUCGGCUACGCGGGCCGAGUCUGCUUUACCGCCAGAUCUUGACUGGAACGCGCGGCUGAAGGACCGCAAGAUCGGCUACGGCGGGGGCGAGAUCUCGCCCCCGCAUCGGCUGACGCUGGAGCAGGUGCUGGACGGGCUGCCGCCGCCAGGUGUCGCGGCCCCCAUCGAGGCGGCCGACCUCGCGACGGGGUUCGUGCGCGAGGCCCUCCUGGACCCGACGCUGGUGCUGCUGCCCGCUGCCCUGCGGCGGCCCGCGCCGACAUCUGCACGAGCGUGGGCCUCGCUCGAGGAGUGGCAUCGGAUCGUGCGGGCGCUCCACGAGCGCGGGAUGGCGUCGGCGAUCCCGAGCAGCGAGAUUGCCUGUCGCGACGGAGCCCCGCUCCUGAACGGGGCGCUCGGGGUGCCCAAGCCCCACGAUGAGCCCGUGGUCUGCAGCGACGGCGAGCGCAGGCCGGUCCUGAGGCCGAUCACCAACCUCAUCCCCUCGAACGCGUGCCAGGAGUGCAUCGUGGGAGACACCCCUGAGAUGCCGACCAUGAGCCAGCUGAACGGCCUGGUGCUGACCGAGUCGGAGGAUCUCCUGUGGAGCGGCGCGGACAGGAAGGCCUUCUUCUACGUCUUCCGCGCGCCGCCUGUGCGGUGGCCCUACAUGGUGAUACGGCCGCCCGUCCCCUCGGAGUUGCUUGGCCUGAAGGACGGUGGGACCACGCACAUCUGCCUGCGGGUGAUCGGCAUAGGCUGGAUCAGUGCCGCGGGCGCGACGACCCACCUCCACCGAAACAUGCUGCGGCGGAGCGCUUCUGUCCCUCGCGGCCUGUCGCCCAGCCAGGAGAUCACUCGGCGCCGACGGCUGCCGUUCAGCGUGGAGAAGCCGUGCCCUCCGGCGUGGAUGGUCUACAUUGACAACCUGGAGGUCGCGGAGGUCGUGGGCAAGUCCGAGGCCGCGACGCUGCGAGGGACGGUGCCCGAGCUCAUCUCCGAGGCCCGCCUCUGCUAUGCGGCUGCGGGCUCCCCGGGGUCGCCGUCCAAGGACAUCCAUCGAGUGCCGCGAGCGACGACCUUGGGGGAGCUCGUCGACGGGGUCGAGGGCGUUCGGCGGCCCCCUGCGGGCUACCUUACCGAGAUGGCCAGCCUCACGCUGUGGACGCUGAGCAAGAAGCGGGCCAGCAUGCGGCUGGUGCGCAUUCUGCUGGGCCGCUGGGUUCGUGUUCACUGCUUUCGACGGCCGCUGGCGGCCAGCUUUGCCUACACCUGGAAGUGGCUCGCGAACCCGCGCACUGGCGGCCGCUUCAGUGUGAGCGUGGUCGAGGACCUCUUGAUGCGCCUUGCGCUGUCAGGGCUUUGCGUCGCUGACCUGCGCCUCGAGGUCGACCCCCUGGUGACCGCGUCGGAUGCCUCGGAGGCCGCCGGCGCCGUGGUCUACGGCUACGCCCUCUCCGACCGCGGGCGCGCGCUGGCCGAGAGGCGGCAGCGGCCCGCGAACGCCGCCUGCGAGGAGGAGACCGGCCUCGUGACUGUCUUCGACGGCAUCGGCGGCGGGCGCCGGGCUCUCGAGAUCCUCGGACUGGUCCCUGCCGUGCACCUGUCAUUCGAGGUGGACCCCACGGCGGUGCGGGUGGCCCGGCGCAGCUACCCCAGCACGCAGCACCUGGGGGACGUGACGGAGGCGGACCCGGUGGCCCUGGCAGCCCUGCUGCGCGCCCGAGGCCGCGUGUCACGUGUGCUGGUGGUGGGCGGCUUCCCGUGCCAGGUCUUCGCGGGUCUCAACGUCGCUCGGCAGGGCCUCGACGACCCGCGCGCGGGCCUGGUUGACCACAUGGUGCGGAUCGUGGACGGGCUGCGGACGGCCAUGCCGGAGGCGUCGAUCGACUUCCUCGGGGAGAACGUCGCGUCGAUGCCCGAGUGCGACGUGCUGCGCCUGAACCAGCUCUUCGGCCGCCUCCUGCUGGAGAUUGAGGCGGGGGAUGUCGGCUGGGUCAGACGUCCGCGGCUCUACUGGGCUUCGUGGGACCUCCUGCCGUCCUUCGAGGCUGAGCCCGUCGCGGUGCGGGCCAAGACCCAGGACGUUCGGCGCGCCUGCAAGGUGGCGCUGAAGGCGGAGCGGCCGCCGCUCGAGGAGUGGCUCCCGCCCAGGGCUGUGUGUCCGGGUCCCGCUGCAGGGGAGCCGCCCCCGACCUUCGUGCGCUGGACGCCGCGCUCGCAGCCGCGCCCCAGGCCUGCGGGCAUCGGGGAGUGCAGCGCUGCUGAGCUGGCGCGCUGGGAGGCAGCGGGCUUCGCUUCGCCGCCCUACCAGUUCCGUGACAAGUGGUGCAUCCACCAGGCGGAUGGCCGCGUGGAGCCGCCUGCGAAGGCCGAGCCCGCCAAGUACGAGGCUCUUCGGCGGUCGCUCGUGGGCAACUCCUUCCAGUGCGAGGUCGUGGCCUGGAUCAUCAGCCACUGGGCCGUCGGAGCUGGGCUGCUGGUCUCGGUGCCCUCGCUGGGUGAGCUGCACGAGAGUGCGCGAGCCUGGGCUGGUGGCAGGAAGCUGUGGGCCGGCGACGUGACGUCGCUGCGGUGCGGUCGCUCCGAGAUCGACGAGGGCUUGCACGCCAAGCUGGACCAGGCUGGCGGGCCCAUCUACGUGGGUCGUGGUUCUCGCCGCUGGGGGCUGGCUGCCUCGCGGUGGGGCAACCCUUUCACGAUCAGCCCCGAGCGGUCACGCGAGGACGCCGUUGCCCUGCUCGCUGGUUGGAUCCGCACGCAGCCCGCCCUCCUGCAGAGCUUGGAGACGCUGCGCGGGGCCCUGCUGGUCUGUCACUGUGGGCCCGACCAGGCGUGCCAUGCCGACAUCCUCUUGGCGGAGUUGGCGAAGCGUGACGUGGUGGAGUGGCGCGAGCUGGACGCAUCCAGACGCAUCGUCAUGGGGCUCGUCAUGGCGUGCCACAACAACGGAGCAGACAUCAGGACCGAUGGCGCCUCGGAGGCGCUCGGCAAGAUCUUCCCGCGGCAGGAGAUCGACUCAGGCAUUUGGCGGUGGCGCAAGGCAAGGCAGCUAGUGCGGGAUGCAGCAGAGCACAUCAACUGCGUCUUCCUGCACCUGCUCGACAGCAUGGUCAACAUCGGUGCGCUGUCCAAGCACCGUUCCAGCAGUCCUCAGCUCAAUAAGGUGGUGCGGACCUUCUCGCCGUGGGAGCUUGCGAUGGGCGCGCGGGCGGUCUUCGGCUUCACGUCGAUAAAGGCCUCGACACUGGCCCGCUACCGUGGCGCCGCUCAGCGUUUUGUUGACUACCUUGCUGCCAAUAACCUGCCGCUGCCUUUCACCUGGGACGAUAUUGAUAUCUGCCUGCAAGAUUAUCUUGAGCACUUGUGGGCCGAGGGCGCCACAAAAGGAGAAGCCAAUGACACCCUCAGCGGCGCGCAGCACCUGCUGAGGACACGGCGCCGCUAUCCUGGCGCUCGGCAGCUGCUGACGGUCUGGGGCAGACUGGAGAUCCCUCAGCGGGCGCCGCCGAUGCCUGCCCAGGUCUGCACGGCGCUCGCCGGUUGGGCGCUCAGCCGCGGAGUGGUGGCGUUCGCGGCCGCGCUGCUCGUGGCCUUCCAUCUCUGUCUCCGCACUGGCGAGGCGUUGGGGCUGAGCGGCGGCGUCAUCUUUCUGAAGCCCUGUGGCCGAGGCGCGGCGUCGUUGCCCUGGACCAAGACCUCUUGCCAGAAGGGCGCGCGGGGGCAAGUCACGCUUGACGACCCGCUGGUUGGGGCAGUCGUCCACGCGCAGCUCCAGCGUGACAGCCGGCCCUGGCCUGGCACAACGCGCGCCUUUCACGACUUGUUCCGUACUGGGCUCCAGCAGAUCGGUCGCAAGCACCUCGCCCUGUCUCCUUACAGCCUGAGGCGCGGAGGUGCCGCGCAUGAGUUCCCGCUGUCGGGCGACUCGUCUAAGGUCAUGCUGCGUGGGCGCUGGAGCUCGGCAAGAACGGCACAGAUAUACAUCCAAGACGGGGCUGCCAUCAUCGCCGAGAUGAAGCUCCAGGCUGGCCCCCUCUGCGGCGACCUGGAGUCCCUGGACCUCUUCGCGGAGCCGGCGCCGGUCGCACCAGCGCUCGGCAGCGGCGCGGUGCCGGCCGAGCAGCAGAUCGCGGCCGUGCAGAGCGCCCUCUCCUCCCUGUACCACCAG